UUUAAACUGAGUGGUAGUGUCAUUUAAAUUGUUGUUUUAAAUAAAAUUACGAGGCGAUAAUAUUCUAAAUUUUAUAGCAAUGCCUGUGGAAUUGGAAUUCGAUUAUAAUGCUGCUACCGCUGCCAUGGACAUAUUUUCUCAAGAUGACAUAAACUUUUUAAAACAGUGGACUCAAAAAUUAGACAAAUCAAAAUAUGUGCCUAAAGAUUUAUCGGAUAAACAACUUUUGUUAUUUUAUAAUGCAUGUUAUGGGGAUUUGGACAAAACAAAAACAUGUAUAGAAAAAUAUUAUUCAUUCAGGAAAAAUGCACCAGAGUUUUUUGAUAGUCGUAUCUUAAAUUCUGAAGAAUUGUGGCCGAGCACGGAAGCUUUAGAGUUCUCUUACCUGCCGGAGAAGUCGUGCGAGGGUUAUGACCUCAUCUACCAUCGGCUGCAUUACACAGAACCUUCUAAGUAUCAUCUGGAAUCUGGUGUCAAAUUGCUCUUCAUGACUGUAGAUGCAUGCUUAUACAAAAGAGGUCCCCAGCCUGGGUACAUAUUCCUGUUUGAUAUGCGAGGUGUCAAACUGGGACAUCUCACUAGAGUGGGCUUAUCAUCCUUACGCAAGUUCUUCCAGUACGUGCAGGAGGCGUUGCCAGUACGUAUGAAGGCUAUUCACGUGUUCAAUACGGAACCCGUGCUGGACAAACUCUUGAUGCUAAUCCGGCCGUUCAUGGAUAAGAAAUUCUUUGAUAUGAUAAAAUUCCACCACAAAAACGAAGAUCUGGAGAAGUUCUACGAGUCUGUAGUCCCCAGAUCGGCUUUACCUCCAGACCAUGGUGGAACCUUACCUGAUACCCAGACGCUACACAAACGCUGCAUGCAACAACUCCAAGACUUGGAGCCUUACUUCAAAGCUGAAGAGCAUCAGAGGAUCGAAGCUCUGCCAGAUAAAAAACGAGAUAAGGCUAUGGAAAAAGCCUUUAAAAAUCUAGAAAUAGAUUAAAUAGAAAAAAAAUUAGGAAUAUUAAAAUCAUUCCAUCCUCUUGAGUACUUAAGCGAUGCUUUUUUAAUUUCUAUAUUCAAAUAAAUAUAUCUUAAUAUAAUAGUGGGUUUCUGAGACCAAACUCUCCAUUUGAAAUAUGUUUUAGACAUAAUAUUUUGGUCUCAGAAACCAACGGUAAAUGAAUUCCAAAAAAGACAUAAACACAAGUGUCAAAUUACAUAAAUAUUUGUUAUAGCGCAAUUUCAUAUAUUUAUCUGAAAAAUAUUUUUAUCUCCAAAUUAAUAUGUAUAUACAGUCACACCUCGAUAAAGGAAAAUCUCUAUAAAAUGAAGAUCAUUCAACGAAAGCCCUCCAUAAGAGUAACUCAAGUAAGAAAGAAACAUCUAUAAGCAAAAAUAUCAAUGUCUCUUAGACUAGCUUUUUAUUUUUUAUUUUAUUUUCAUACCUAAAUUUCUGUAGACAUCAAUAGUUAAAAUCCUUUAGCGCGAAUGACGUGCUUUCGUUACAAAGUCCAGUGUCAGAAUGAAUAGUGAGGGGACGCAAACGUCGACAUUUUAGUAAGGCUAGUUGCGCCAGUACUCCGGCAUGUCGGAUUUUUUUCCUAACAUUAUAAAUAUAAAAAAGGUUUAUUAUUAUCAGAGUCUCUCUUAUCGAGAUUUGAAUUUAGUGAAGUUUUUGUGAGAUACCAUUUUUUCUUAAAACUAAAGCAAAGUCGGGUGAUUUUGUUAGUAUAUUAAAUUUAUAAUUUUAGUAUUUGAUAUUGCAUAUAUGUGUUAUCAUUUUUAUCAAACGAUUUGAUUGAUAAUUAUAUAAUUAAUUUUAUUAUUCUUUAUCUAUUAAAAAAGAUAAGAUAUCGUUUUUCAGAUAAAUCUUAUUACCAAAGUCCUGUCUUUUGAAAUUAAUAUAUAACGAACGCCUUAAGUAGUAACUCUGAGUUACCAUAGAGUUAUUUUUUUUUCUAUGCUUGAAAUCGAAGACUCAUUUUUAAAAACAUUUUUAUUUGAAUUUACUUGAAAUCUUAUUCUUUGGUAUAAAAUAUUUAGUAUAAUGCAAGCUAUUUUGUCAUUAGAUUAAAAAAUAUGUCUAAUUAAAUGAAAAUUAUAUAAUUUUUAGACCAUAAAUUGGACCACAGUAAUUUUUAAUCGUAAUUUAGAUGAAAGUCAAUUAAUAUUUUAUUUGCAUUUCAAGAUUAGUCAAUUAAAAUUAAUAUUUUUUCAUACGUCCGUAUAAUAAUAUCGAUCCUUCAUUAUUUGUACAAGAUAAAAAAAAA